GCAGACGGCCGUGGCUCCUCUGUUCUUCCCGAGGCUACAGCAACAGCCAGAGGUGUUCCUGGGGAGAUGGCAGAACAGCACGGAGCACCCGAACAGGCUGCAGCUGGCAAGAGCCAUGGAGGCCUUGGGGACAGCUACAAGGUGAUCGUGUACGAACUAGAGAACUUCCAAGGCAAACGCUGCGAGCUCUCGGCCGAGUGCCCCAGCCUGACCGACAGCCUGCUGGAGAAGGUGGGCUCCAUCCAAGUGGAGUCCGGGCCGUGGCUGGCAUUUGAGUCCAGGGCCUUCCGCGGGGAGCAGUUUGUUCUGGAGAAGGGUGAUUAUCCUCGCUGGGAUGCCUGGUCCAACAGCCGUAAUAGUGACAGCCUUCUGUCCCUCCGGCCUCUGAAUAUUGAUAGUCCAGAUCACAAACUGCAUCUGUUUGAGAACCCAGCUUUCAGUGGCCGCAAGAUGGAGAUAGUGGAUGAUGACGUGCCCAGCCUGUGGGCUCAUGGCUUCCGGGACCGUGUGGCGAGUGUCCGUGCCAUCAACGGGACGUGGGUUGGCUAUGAGUUCCCUGGCUACCGUGGGCGCCAGUAUGUGUUUGAGCGGGGCGAGUACCGCCACUGGAAUGAGUGGGACGCCAGCCAGCCACAGCUGCAGUCUGUGCGCCGCAUCCGCGACCAGAAGUGGCACAAGCGGGGCUGCUUCCCCAGCAGCUGAAAGGCACCCAGACUUCAAGGACCCAGACCCACCCUGGGGGGCUGCAAGGGCAAGAAGAGGAGGCUCCAGGGUUGGGGCGAGGGCCGACCUGUCCACCCUUCCCUGGAAUCUGCUCAAUAAAGCCUGGGGUUGGUCCCCCACCUGCCA